AUUUACAGUAUAAAAAGACUGUUUCAGUCGACAGGGCUGUCGUUGGAGCUCAGGGGCAAUUUCAAAGAGGGAAGGAAUAGCCUUGAUACAACUUUUGGCACCAGUGGAGCGCAGCGCUUAACGCUCGGAUACGCUACUUGAGCCCUUUCAUGCUUCUCUUUAUACCUGUGAGUCAAUUCAUUCGUGCGUGCUCAAGUCAGAUUGAACUCCGUUGAAAUGGUAGCACUUACAUAAAGACAGGGCACGAUCGAGCGAGGAGACCAAAACCUUUAUGGACGUUUGUGACAGUGUCAGACGUCGAGCACGGGACGGAAGCGCAGCACUUGCCUUCACGGGAUGUGUUUGGAGAGCAGCUAAAACCGAGAAGCAAUUUCGAGGACAGCUGUGCUGCUGUCCACCCCAGGACUCGCGUAUAGUCUGGGGACAGAAGUCUAAAACAAUGUGCGCUGCGAGCGUGGACCUACUGGUCACCCUCCAAAUCUUGCCCGGUUUCUUCUCAAACUGCUUAUUCCUUGCUCUCUACGACUCCGUGGUGCUGGUGAAGCGCGUAGUUUCGUUACUGAGUUGUUCGGGUGGCGGUGGGGGAGAGUGGCAGCGCAUGCUUACCUCUGCGGGGCUCCGGUCUGUAUGGAACAGUUUCCUGCUUGAUGCAUAUAAACAGGUUAAACUGGGAAGUGAGGCUCCCAACUCCAAAGUGAUCAAGAUUCCUGCUAGCAGUGAUAACCUUGGCUUCCAGCGACAGAGUAGCAUAACCACCACCCUGAGCUGUCACCCCGAGGACGAGUGCCGCCUGCUGGACUUUGAGUCGUCGGACCGCCCCCUGGUGGUGAACUUUGGCUCGGCCACCUGACCCCCCUUCAUCAGCCAGCUGCCUGCCUUCCGGCGGCUGGUGGAGGAGUUCUCUGAUGUGGCUGACUUCCUGCUGGUCUACAUCGAUGAGGCACAUCCCUCAGACGGUUGGGUGGCACCUGCCAUGGGCCCGUUCUCCUUUGAGGUCAGGAAGCACCGGUCGCUGGAGGAGAGGGUGGUUGCAGCCAAGAAGCUCAUUGAGGCCUUCAGCCUACCACCUCAGUGCCAGUUGGUGGCCGACUGCAUGGACAACAAUGCCAACGUGGCCUACGGAGUGUCCUAUGAAAGGGUGUGCAUCGUGCAGAGGAGGAAGAUUGCCUACCUAGGUGGGAAGGGACCCUUUUUCUACAACCUAAAAGAUGUGAGGCAGUACCUGGAACUGAGCUACGGCAAGAGAUAGGGUCAGACAUCAAUAAGGAAAUGCCUUUAGUUCUCUGACCAACUGCACGCCUGAAACAUUUUGUUUAAAGGAGAAAACAGGCAAGGUGCUUUCUGAACUGUUCUGUGCUGAGUGCAAACGACAGGCAAAAAUCGGAAGAGAAUAUGGUACAGGUUAUAAUGUCCCAAAGUUCUAAAACUCUUUUUGUGUGGAGACCAACAUUUCAUUCAACUUUCCUCUAGAACCCAAGUGAACCAACAGACUUUCCAAGCAUGGACUCGUACUCUGCUGCCUAUGGCAUAUUGAAAGAAAAACCUGAUAAAGUUGACCGCUGACUCACUUUAUUAAUAACUUCAGCCCCAUUUUGUCUAAUCAAAUGUUCUUUAGUUACUGUCCAUAUUACCUAACCUGGCUUCUUUCAAAACCAAAACCAAAUUACUGAAGUACCCAACCCUAUUUACAUAUAUAAUUUAUUACUAUAGGUGUUUGUUUUUAUUUUGUCUCUUGAUGCACUUUGAGGCCUUUUAUUUAAGAAGACAAUCCUUCAUACGCUGUAUGUGUGUGUGUUUGUGUGUGUGUGUGUAUGUUUGCGUGCAUGUGUGUCACAUUGUGAGGGGUGUUGCAACCUUAUUCAUAAUCAACUAGAGUUGACUGCUUAGAACCAUCUAGACUAACGCUGUUCCUAGUCCUAGCGGUCAUGUUACAACACCACUGUUGUGAGUAAUGUAUUUAUCUCCUCAAUAUGGUCAUUCUAAGUUGACAGCCUAUACCUCGGGUAGGAAAGGUGAGAUGGAGGAAAGUGAAAAGAAGAGCAAAAUAGAGCAUCAACAGAACAUUAUCCAGAAAACAGAGGCAGUAUGUGUACUGUAGAUGGAGCGAAGGCUGCUAGCUAGCCAACAUCAUUAUAGCUGGCUGACAGCAUUACAUUCUGCCAGUUAGCUGACAAUUUUAGUUAACUAGCUAGCUGACAACAAUAGCUUGAUGGCUAUAAUCACUGCUUUUUGCUGAUGGGGAUGGUUUGUGUUAGCGAUAUGAGUGGUGUACAGAGAUGGAAUGGGUUGAGUGAGAUGGCCAUUUCUUGAAGAUUUGAGGUGAGUUUCCUGAAUGCUUUUCAGCUAACUGAUUUCACUUGACAAUGCUGUCUCAUGAUACCCAGUCUCACGGUAGGACAUCAAACAUUUAAACAUUUAUAAUUGCUGCGGUCGUGGUUGGGUUGUCAAGAUAAACCAAGUGACAUGUUCGCAGUCAGGUUUUUGGGACACUGAGCUAUGAGCAGCUUGGCAGGAUGUGAGACAGGUUGGUGUUUAGAUGGUUUAAGAAAGUGUUUCCAAACGUGUGGGUCAGUUGUACAGUUGUAUUGAAGGUUUUUUGUUCUCCAUGGUACAGACAGACGGAGCAGACAGUUGGUUUGGGUCAAGACAGAGCAGGUGUGAGAAUGAAAACCACUGACUAAAGGGUUAUUGACUCAGUCUGUGGUCGGAUGACAGACCUCACCUCCCUGACCUAGACUCAAACCAACACUUCUUUUGUAAUCAUCAAACCGUCCACUGUUAGCACCCAGUCUCUCUAGGAUUUGUCCGUAAAGGGAUCUUUGUUUUUCUCUCUAUCCAUAAUGCUUUCUCCUGUGUAGUUCUGCUUCUCCCCCAAAAAAAUAUGAAUGAAGAGAAGAGGAGUGACAGAAUGGAAAAUAAAGUGAAACAUUUGCUGUUGACUUUGUGAUAUGUUAUUUUUGUCGGUGUGUCCCACUGGGGUAUUGGUAACUGCAAGAAAGUUUGUAAAGAGCGAGAGUGAGAAAGUACAAGAGAAAGGUAUUAAAAUAAAGAGGUUGAAGACUUUUUAGGGAGUGUUAAUGGAAGCCCUCUACUUAUACACACAUGCGUGCCUAUAAGCAUUUGACCUCUCCUGCUCAAAAGAAGAACAAAGUGAAACAUAUAAACAAAGUGAAAGGAAACCUGAAAUCCAACAGCUGUGGAUGUGGUCCAUAAUGGUAAAAAAAAAAAAUUGGGUUGCAGGCUAAAUGCCUGGCUUUGUGUUUACAACAAGGUCCUGAGUGUGUUACCGCACUUUUUUUUUUUUUUACAUGUUAUAACGUGUCUACCAAGGGCCAUAGGAAUUCCAGUGAAGCCACGACUCCUGGCUGACAGUUUGCUUGGGAGAGCCUGCCAAAAACUGCAUAGAAUGUUACAGACAUCAGGAAGGUGCACAGAGAGGGCAGGGAAUGGUUCUACAAGUGGGAGAUCUGUUUGAGGCCUGGUGAAAGGGGUGAAUGACAGGGAUCCACCUCGUGAUGUGAAAUAGAAUUGUUGUUCCGGUCGUCUGGAUGGAAGGGGCCCUGCAAGCAGCACACAGUGAAUCCGGUAAGUUUGGUUAGAUUUAGACAAAAAGAAAGCUAUUAUUAAGUUAUGGUUAGGGUCAGGGUUAGGAAAUAGGUAUUUCUGUUUUCUGGGUUCAUACAACUAUUGAAAAACAAACGUGUGUGUGUGUGUGCGUGGGGAGGUCAAAGAGAGUUCAGAUUCCAGGGAGUAGUUAAAAGGAAGCUCAGAAUGAGGAAAUUGUUUAAGAUACCCGAACAGUUUUGAAAAAAUACUGCGCCAAUAUCUCUUUAACAAGCAUCCUAGUUACUCCGACAAGUACUCUACAUGGUUAUGGUUGUUGAACUGUCAAUAGAAAGAUCCUCAAAAAAUAGGUAAGUGUGAUUUCACCUACCAUUUCUGUAGUAGUAGUAUUAAGUAGUAUUUUAUAUAUUGCACAAUGCGGGUGUGCAAAGCCUUUAGGGAAUUAAUCAUUGCCAAAACGUG